AUGAGUGAAAGUGAGUCAGCAUAUCCUCCUACCUUGUGUCGGCUUCUUAUAAAUACUCCCGCUGCAGAAUGGCAAGCAGAUGAAGAUGCUGUAUAUUGCGCCAACUGUUCUAACUAUACUGCCGAACUUCCUUCAGUAAGUAUCUCUGUUGAUCCAACGGAGCCACCUGAUCAAUCAAACCUUUUCGAUGAGAUGCUUGAUGGGGCCGAAGAUGAUGAUACAGAUAAUUCUCAAGAAGAUCCUGUGUGGUGCACUGUCCGCGUCUGCGGCGAUUGUCAUCGUCAAUUAUCAGAACUGAAAACUCUCGAUAUUCCUUUUCCGAUACCUACUUGUAUGGAUGGUGAAUCAACUCCUCCCGUUCUAGCCUAUACCCGGUUACCUCUGCCUCAUGGUGAAGGCAAUCCUUCAGCAAAUGACGCGAAUAACCAAGAUGACUUGGUAGAAUGCCCAGUUUGCUAUGUUUCUCUAUCAAAAUUCAAGUCACAAGAGGAAAGAGAAGCGCAUGUUGCUUCUUGCUUCAGCCAUAACGGAUCUUCUCCACCAAAUAUAAAGGAGUUUCUAAAGCACGCUCGGCGGUAUAUUAGUGUCCAAUUAACGGACUCCUCACCUUGUAUUGGAGAAGAAUGUAUAGUCUGUUUUGAAGAAUUCUCCCCAGGAGAAAAAGUUGCGCGAAUUGAAUACUGCUUAUGUAUGUUCCACUUAAAAUGUUAUCGCGACUGGCUAAGCACAGGUGCUGCCGGAUGCCCUGUUCAUGCUGCUACCUUUCAUUAG